CACAACUUUAAAAACCUCCCCUUCCCAUCAGAACCCACAAGUCUUCCUUUCUCUCUCUUUAUCUCUCUCCUCCCUUCUCUCUCUUUCAUGAGAUCACCUCUGUAGACUGUAGCAGCAGUCUCAGAAAGCUCCGUACCAGAGAAAAAUAUGGGGAAAUACAUUCGAAAACCUAAAACUUCUGGUGACCUCUCCGUUAAGGAUGUCUCUCAAUCCUAUCUCGGUGUUCGCACCCGGGCCAAAACCCUAGCUCUGCAGCGCCUCCAGUCGUCCUCCGCCGCCGCCGCUUCCCAUGCCUCGCCGCCGACGACCCCUCCGCCUCCGCCUCCCAAGACUGAUUACCUCGAGCUGCGCUCCAGGCGCCUUGAGAAACCCCCUCUCCGGAAGAAUUUUCUCAAUUCCCCAAAAAACCCUGCUGCUACAGAAAAACCCCAAUUCGAGAAACUUUCGCCGGAACCGGCUGUCCUUCCAAUUGAACCGGCCGGUGAAGAUGAUGGGCGCUAUGAAAGGCUCAACGGCGGGGGUUCGGAAAUUGGGGAUUCUGAAAUUCAGGCGUCUUUAGGAGAAAACAAUUUGGAUUUGGAAGCCAGGGAAAGGGGCACAAGAGAAAGCACCCCAUGCAGUUUUAUCAGGCCUGAUGACAGCAUUUCGACACCUGGAUCUUCUACUAGGCCCAGAAGUCCCAGUUCAAGGGCCCAAAGUGCGCAUAGAGAAAUUCCUACUGCUCGUGAGAUGGAGGAGUUUUUCGCCCAAGCAGAGCAGUCACAUCAGCGCCGUUUUAUGGAGAAGUAUAAUUUCGAUAUCGUGAAUGAUGUGCCCCUCCCUGGACGUUAUGAGUGGGUGAAAGUGUUGCCUUGAGCCAAGAAUAAAUUGCUAAACUCUAACCUUUGAUGCUUUUUAGGUUGUCAUGGUCGAUUAGAUCGAACGUAGGAUUACAAUGUUACCCCUGCAAUCCCUUGUUUGACAGUGUAAUAUUUACUGAUGUUUAGAAAAAUACUAAGGCCUCAGGGAAUUGCAGGACUAGACUAAGUCACUAACCAUUUGAAAAGUAGAGAUCCCAGCACAGAAUGUAACAUUAGGCUGAUGAAAAAAAGUUGCGUCCUUGUAAUUUUCAGGCAACCAUAUUUAGGUAGCUAUUUAUCCUUUCUGACUCUGGUUUAUGAUAUCAUCUGGUUUAGUGUGGGAAAUAAAGUUUAAAUUUCAUAUCUCUGUGUGUGUGUGUGUGUGUG